CUUCAUCAGCCAAGGGAAUGCCACAGUCUUCGGGGAAGAAAACAUGGCUACAUCUGGAGAGAACUUAAAGAUCUUAAAGAUGACUGCAAAGCCCAGAUGGUCCUAUGAUGACUCAACAAUGGAUGACAAGGAAAACACAAGAACACCUUUUUAAGACGAGGUCCACUUUUGAGAACUUUGACUGGAAAUCAUAGUGCUUCAUUUGUGGCGAAAAGUGCAGCCGUCAUAGAGACAAUACAUCAAGAGUUUUUAGCAGAAGUUAGUCCCUAGGGCCAAACAAAAAAAGUGUGUGUUGCGGGAAACGGCUGAAAAAAAAAUAGGAGGUGACACUUGUGUCUGACCGGAGUCCGGUGGAGCAGGGAGAGCUAGCAUCCAGUAGUCCGGAGGUGGAGAUGAGAAGCAUGGAAAGUGAGGAGGAGGAGGAGGAACAGGGGGAUGAGCAAGAGGAGGAGCAAACACAGAGUGACGACAACCGCAGUGAGCAUGUGGAGUCCGAUGAUGAUGACGACGGUUUACUUAUAAAGCCCCCACCAGUGCCUGUGAAAAAGAAGCACAAACACAAACAGCACAAGGACGAGAAACGAAGAGAGAAGCAUAAAGAGCACAGAAAGGAGGGCCGAGAGGAUCUGCAGAGUCGAGGGGACCAGCCCCGAGGGGCCAGGGACAGGCCUGAGAGGGAGGUCAGGAUUGAGCCACGAGAUGACAGGCCUAGAGGACACGAAAGACACAUUUCUGCAGAGAGAAACAAGCCCCUGAUGAGUGGACGUGAGAGGGAAAGGGAGCUCAAAGAGAAACUCAUCAAAGAGCAAGAGAAACGGGAGAAAUCUCGAAUGGAAAGAGAACGUCUUGAAAGGUUGGAGAGGGAGAAGGCCAGAAUAGAGCGGGAAAAGACCCGGGAGCACCGUAUCCGGGAGGAACGGGAAAAACGGGAAUAUGAGAGACGACGAAGGAAGGACGAAGAUAGGAGGCUGCAACAGAUGAGAAAGGAGCGUGAAGAAAUUCGUAACCGCAAGGAGAGGGCCAUGGAAAAAGAUCGUCAGAGGCAUGGAGAGAGGAGUCGGUCACACAGUCGCGAGUGGAAGGACGGGGGUAGAGAUGUUAGACCUCGGGGGUCAAGAGACGUCUCUGAACAAUCUGAAGGGAGGAGAGAGAGCAAACGUGCCUCCACAGAGGUUCAACAGAGGACGCAGCAGUCUCCUCCACCGGACAGUGUGGAAUGGAGCGGAAAACGAGAGAAGGUGGAAAGCGAGACCGAGUCACGCAAGACGAGAACAGUAACCAUGGAGACUGAGGAGCAGCAUUCGGCGUCUGAAGACGACUCGGAUGAUUCUGCUGAUAGUGAUUCGGGAUCGGGUGGGUCAUACUUCGACAAACACUUCAACUUAAAGAACAGUGAUACAGGCAGUGAAGGGAGCAGUGUCAAGUCUGGACAAAGUGAACAUGGGGAGAAACAACAGAUAGCCAAGUCCAAGUUUGACGACCAGUCGGAACCAGAGAGUGAGACGGAGUCUGUGCACCUGAAUGAUCACCAUAGCGACGGUGACUUCCUCACAGAGACCCCGCCAAUGUCUCCAGUGGAGCUGAAACCAGAUCUGCCACCCUACUAUCCUGCCAUUCAGGGUUGCCGGAGUGUCGAAGAGUUUAGCUGCUUGAAUCGAAUCGAGGAAGGAACAUACGGGGUUGUGUAUAGGGCACGGGACAAGAAAACUGAUGAGAUAGUCGCCUUGAAGCGGCUCAAAAUGGAGAAGGAGAAGGAGGGUUUUCCGAUCACAUCACUACGGGAGAUCAACACACUGCUCAAGGCACAGCACCAUAAUAUCGUCACCGUGAGGGAGAUCGUUGUUGGUAGCAACAUGGACAAGAUCUACAUUGUCAUGGACUACGUGGAACAUGACCUCAAGUCCCUCAUGACAGAGAGCAUGAAGCAGCCAUUCCUUGUCGGUGAGGCCAAGACAUUGUUGAUGCAGUUGCUACGGGGGGUCAACCAUCUCCAUGACAACUGGAUCAUCCACCGUGACCUCAAGACCUCCAACCUACUCCUCAGUCACAAAGGGAUCCUCAAGAUUGGUGACUUUGGCCUAGCCCGCGAAUACGGUGAGCCCCUGAAACAGUACACCCCGAUAGUGGUGACCCUGUGGUAUAGGGCGCCCGAGCUGCUCCUGGGCUGCAAGGAGUACUCUACCCCCAUUGACAUGUGGUCGGUGGGCUGCAUAUUUGCAGAGUUCAUGACCAUGAAGGCCAUCUGGCAGGGCACCUCCGAUAUCGACCAGCUCCAGAAGAUAUUCAAGGACCUGGGUACUCCUACAGAGAAGAUCUGGCCAGGUCUGAUGGAGCUUCCAGGUAUGAAGAAGUGCACCUUCACCGAGUACCCAUACAACACACUGAGGAACAAGUUUGGACAGUACCUAUCCGACCAGGGAUUCACUUUGCUCAACAGAUUCCUUACAUACAACCCAGAGAAACGCAUCACAGCUGUAGACGCAAUGAAGCAUGAGUAUUUCCGGGAAUCGCCACUUCCGAUCGACCCCUCGAUGUUUCCAACAUGGCCGGCAAAGUCGGAACAAGUCCACAAGCGUGCAAGCUCUCCAAAGCCCCCUUCUGGGGGCAAGGCGUACUCUAAACUCCUUGAUGAUGGGGACGAUGCAAUCACUGGUUUCCAGUUCAGAGAGGCAGCCAAAGGAGUCUCAGCCACUGGAAUGGGAUUCAGCCUCAAGUUCUGAAAAGGGAGGCUGCUCUUGACAAUGUGAAAAUGGAGACAUAUGAAGAUAUUGUUAAAGGGAGGCUUGACAAUACUGUUAAAGGGAGGCUUGACAAUUGAGACCAAUUUAGAUAGUGUGUAAAGGGAGGCUACCCUUGACAAUGUGAAAAAUUUAGGCCAUUGUAGAUAUUGUUUAAAGAGAAGCUAAUCUGGACACUGUGGAAAAAAGACUAAUCUAUAUACUGUAUUAAGGGAGGUCACUCUGAAUAAUGUCUAGACUUUGUGGCCAUGGAGACCAUGUAGAUACUGUGUAAAGGGAGGCUACUCCAGACAAUGUGAAAAUGGAGACCAAUGUAGUGUGAAAAGGGAGGUUACUAUGGACACUGCAAAUGGACACCAAUGAUGGGAGGCUACUCAAGAAGCAGUUAAUGUAGUUGAUACUCUAGAUUGUGGUGAAGGCACUUGUGUCAUAGAACACACAGUGAAAAUAUACUACUGUAUAUAAUGGUAUGCUAGUAGUAGAGGAGUCAGGUGGUCACUCUAGAAUUUUCGUUAAAUGAGAGGUGUUUGGAAGAAUUAAAAAGGCAGGCUAUUAUAGAUACAGUGAAAAGAGAGUACUAUGUGUAAGCAAAAAGGAGGGACAAUAUGUAUACAGUGAAAUGAAGGCUACGACACUAUGUAUACAGUGAAAUGAAGGCUACGACACUAUGUAUACAGUGAAAUGAAGGCUACUCUAGAAGUAUAAAUGGAAAGCAAAUCUAUGCAGCCAAUCGGAAAUCAUCUGUGCUUAAGACACAUCAAUUGAAGCAUCUACAUGUUUUUUUAAUAAAAAGUGUAUUUGCUGCCUAUAUGUAUUCCGAUUUUGCCCCUGUGUUGUCACCGAAUCCUCACAUAAUUGCACUGUGAAAGGUCCUGAGCUGUGAUUUACCUAAGCAAUUGGUAUAUUGCACACCCAUUCGGACAUUGUGUAUAUAUUUUGAAAUGUUUUAUCAUAAGGAUUGCAGAACAAAUUGUUCAAUUAAGUAUGUAUGCAGUAUUUCAUGUCAAUGACUGAGUGUUCAGCCACAUAAGUUUCAAAUGUUUGUAAAAUAAAAAAUAAUCACAAAACUGAUUCUAUACUAUUUUCUAUAGCAUGUUUUAAAUAUUAGUUAAAAAUAUUUGGAAUUACUUAUGUGAACAUAUUAAUGGCACAAAUUGUGAAUGUGUGGAAACACUAAAAUAAAUUUGUAAAAAUAAUAUGGAAGGUACAUUUUGUCAUAAAGUGCAAAUUAAAUUACAAAUAAAAUAUGGAAAUUUU